UUAGCAGUCUGUGAAGAAAUUUCCAACCGUGCGGGUGGCUACGCGCGUGCCAAUUAAAAUUUCCAACAAGAAAUUGAAAACUAACAAUGAGAUUUUCGCAAAAUAAACACAUAAAAGACUAAUUAACAUAACAAAGGGUGCCAAACCGUGUCAGUGCAAGACAGGCUUCAAAAGCACAAUAGCUGGGCUUAUUGCAUUACAUUUUGGAUAAGCAAUUUGCAAAUCAAAUCAGCUUCAACAUGCGCUUCGAGCCGCUGGGUCAGAAAAUGUUCACACGCCGUAACUGGCUGCUGCGCUGCAGCAUUCUCAUCAACGUGGCAGUGCUUCUAUAUAUUGGCAGUCAUGUGAUGAUUGGCGGCGGCAACAAUUUCACCAGCGGCGGCGGAUUCAUGCUGCAAGACCAACAACCGCCGGCAGCAUCCGCCUUACAAGCAUCCUCAUUGCUACCACAACAACAACAGCCCACGCCCAAAAACGUAAAUCCGGAGGCGUCUUUUCCGGAGGAGAAACUGAUCGCAGCUGGCACAGGAAACGCUAACUCGGAGCCUGCUGCAGCUGCGGCGCCUCUAUCCCCAGUGGUCAGCGAUAGCGGCGGCCUCUCGGCCAAUUUGCCAGAUCCUGGCCAGGUUGUGGGCAAUAUUGGUGUUGCCGGCAGCAGCAGCGUUGCCACGGAAUUGAACAACACACAGUCGGAUGGCUAUAUAGUCACCGGUGAUGAGAAGGAGCUGGACGAACGGGUUCGGUCUCUUCUCAACUGCAAUGAACACGACUAUAACCAACAGACGCUGCAACGCGGCGACUUUUGGGUCCUGCAGAACUAUGUGCGGGCUGAUCAUGGCGAGCUCAAGUGUCACGAGUCCAUUACCUAUACAACGCAUGCGGACUACACCUUUCUGGAUAAUCUGGUGCCACUGCUAGAACGCUGGAAUGCGCCCAUUAGCAUAGCAAUGCAUGCGCCUGGUACGGAUUUCCAGCCGACACUGGACUCCAUCAAGUAUCUGCGAGAUUGUGUGCCUGGCAAUCAGCUGGUGCGCGCCUUUGCCACAUUCCACGUCUACUUUGGCACCAAGCACAUACCCAAAACAGUGCCCAAGGCACAGGAUGCUCUCAAGACCGGAUACAAUUGCUCGUUGCCAGCGCCAUACUUUAAUGUCAGCUCCGGACACCUGUAUAAGGCGCAGAAGAAACUGCUGUAUCCAGUCAAUGUGGGUCGCAACAUUGCCCGCGAUUCGGCGCUCACUCACUUUAUACUCGCCUCGGACAUUGAACUCUAUCCAAAUCCCGGACUGGUUAAGAAAUUUCUCGAGAUGAUUGCUCGCAACGAGCAGUAUUUGCGUCGUAAGGCUCCCAGAGUCUUUCCACUCAGCAUUUUUGAGGUGGACGAGUCGAUGCCGGUGCCGCACGAUAAAACGGAGCUGCAGGAGUUUCUGAGGAAUGGCAAAGCCAUACCCUUCCAUAAAAGAGUAUGCGCCAGUUGUCACGGUGUGCCCAAGUCCAAGGAGUGGAUGGCGGCCAAUGAAACGGACGAGCUGAGUGUGUUUCACAUAGGCAAACGCACCGGGUACUAUGUGCACUGGGAGCCCAUCUAUAUUGGCACCCAUGCGGAUCCCCAUUACGAUGAGCGGCUCAGCUGGGAGGGCAAGAGCGACAAGAUGACGCAGGGUUACUCGCUGUGUGUGCUGGACUAUGAGUUCCACAUACUGGACAAUGCGUUUCUGGUACACAAGCCGGGCAUCAAAGUGCUGAAAAAGGAUAAUCGGCGAGCGAUGCUGGCGGGCAAAACGAAUCAGCUGAUACGUAAAAUCAUUUAUCCGGAAUUGAAGAUCAUGUACGGCAUGCGAAAGGGCUGUGCAAUAUAGUAACUAAUUGUGCCGCACAGUUGAGCAUCGACAUUUGUGAAAAGACUACGACAACAACCAGCCACACUAAUACUAUUUGCAAUGCUGUAGAAUUUGAUCAAACCCUAAAUCGGAUGUCCAAUGCCCACAUACUGAUACGAAUUAACAAUUAUGAAUAACGAAUUACCAUAAUUACCAUUACCAAUAUUAUGCUAGAUCCUUCCUUAUGGCAUUGGCUGCGCACUGGAUGUGUGUGGUGUCUUACAGUUAAUUAGCAUUAGUUAGUUAUUAGAAUUAGGAGCAUUACUUAGGUAUAGAACAGACAGUUCGGAGCGGGUGUUUUUUCUACUCUAUGCAUAAGCGAAGCCUUAGGAGCACGGCUUAAGUACGUUAAACGUAGUUAGUUGUUGGUAUUUUUUCUAUUCUAAUGCUGAAUUACAUUUAGAUAGUUAAACAGGAGCUGCCAUACAGACCAGAAACACAUUCAGAUUCAGUUUCAGGCAGCAGCUAUGAAUAUUUAUUGAGUCCCAUGCUGGUAUUAUCAAUAUGAAUCCAAUUAGAAUUGACGAUUAGUUGCAUUGUUUUUGUAAUCAUAAGCAGUCAUUAAUCAAUUAUGAUUUAGUUAUAGUCAUUUACUAUCGAGUGUUAGUUAAAGCCAUUUAACUUAUAUCAUCUAAUUAGCUCGCAACAAAUUCAAACACUCAUGUGGAAUACUCAAAACAUUUCUACCAACAUUUGACCCAAAAACAUACCAACUUUUGUAUACCACGAGCCAUUGAAUGGUAAAUAAUAGAGAGAUUCCUAAAGCCAGACACAAAAAAGUCUAACCAUUUUGAUCCUGCACUUGCCUAGAUUUUCUAUAGAUGAAACAUAGAUUGGAAGCGCCUAAUUUGGGUAACAAAUAAGUUUAAAGUAGUUAGAACUACUUGAAACUAAUGAUAAUGUUAUUAAUAGACAGCAUUAAUUUAAAACUAAAGCUAAAGCCGCUAUAAAGUAAAGGAUUAAAUGUUAGACUUGAAAAAAUUACAUAAUUAGAAUGCUGAAAAAAUUGUCACUAUAAAAAAUACAUACAUAUAUAGAAUUAAAAUAUUAAUAAAAAAAAAAAAACAAUUAAAUAGCAAUUACAACUAUACAAAUCUUGAAAUUGAAGUUCAAGCUAAUGCCUAAAAUUAAACAUUUAAUUGAGAAUUACGAUUUAAAUCGUAAUGCAUAAAUGCAAACCGUGAUAUUUGUACUAGUAAAGGCGAAGUUGAUGCUGAGUUUGAAAAUUAGUUUUAAAACUUAAGCACUAAGUAAAGAGAAAACACAAAUGGAAAAUAUAACCGAUAAAAAGAAGACCGAGACAGCAGAAAACUAAAAUUAAAUUAUAUGCAUUAAACUAGUUUUGUAUAUGCUUUUUUUUAGUGUUUAACAUAAAGUCAAACUUGUGCACAUAUAAAUGUUUAAAACAUACCGAGAAAUCUAGACAGACAAACACAUGCUAUAAAAGAGGCGUGUCGGGCCUUAAGUUAAAGAGAAAGAGACCAUAUUGAAAAUUUAUAUGGCGCUUUUUUCGAGCUAGAAUUUGUUGGAAGUGUUGUAAUAUUUAGCUAGAAGACUAUUAAUGCAGAGCUGUCCAGCUUAGUACGUAUAUGUUGUUAAAUAUAGGGUUUAAAUGGAAUUCUGAUUAUAGAAUGUCUUGGGAACAACAUACAGCGAUUGGUGUUUUGUAUUUAUUGUAUUUGUCUAUCUAUAAGCCUACAACUACAACUUUUCAAUUCGCUAAACAACUUAUUUUCAAAUCCAAUUUCAAUUAGUCAGACUAACGAUACACUUGGUAACUAAACAAUAUCAUUAAAAUCUAAUUAACUGUUGAGAACUAAAAUUAUCUAAAAUUACAUCCAAAUAAGUGUUACGAAAAAACGAAAAUAAAAAAAAUCUAAUUGAUAAAGUAUUGAAGUGCCUUAGAAAAUGAAAAUAAAAUAAUAUGAAAAAUAACAUAAGAUAAUUUCGUUUGUUUCAGUUUAAAUAUUUAUAAACGAUUCUCAGACACCAUUUGUUGUGUUGGCUUAGCGACAUUUUGUUUGGGCCAAAUCUAAUAAGAAAAAGCAUUAUUUUUGUAUGUAAAUAAUUAACAUACAUUUACAUAUGUAUUGUGUAUAACAAAUGUAUUAAGCUAUUUGUAUAUGUAUGUAUAUAUUAAUGAGUAUUUAAACAAAUUAUUUACUGAUUUACUUAAACAAAACGUUUUUAAAUAGUUUUCAAAACUGCAGUUAGUCGAAGUCAUGUCCUAUUGAAUGAGUCUUCUUAUGCUAGCCUGCCAAUUUUAAGUUUACCUAAUAUUAUGACUUUUUAUUAUCAUAGUUAUAAUUAAAAUUAUAACGUAUUAUUAAUGUUUAGUUUCUUUGGCAUCGUAAAAACGUAUGCGCAGCAUUUGAUAUUUCCUUUGUACUUUAUAAUUUACUGCGCGAGAAUUGCUGAGCAAGGACUAUUGGCUGAAAUAAAAGGAUGCGAAAUAUAUGUAUGCAUAAGAAUUGUAAAAAUAAAGACAAAAAUUUCCAAUGAA